CCGGUGUCUUAUAACAUUUUACUUCCUUCCACACAGACCGACGCGAACAAAUCGAGAAAGAAGACGUCGCCAAGUUUUAAAUGUCGCCGUCAACUGUCGCGUUUUGAGCUCGUUUUUUUUUCUCGUUUAACUUCCAUCGUAAAAUGCGAGACGCGGUGGUGUCUGAGAAUUGACGAGUUGUUGACGAGCGCAGACCGUAAACGUGUAGGCCUCCCGAAGAAAGUUUGGUCGAGGGCCUGUAAACAACAUGUCCUCCGCCUCGCAGCCUUCCUCCAGACGGCAGUGGUGCUACCUCUGCGAUCUGCCCAAGAUGCCCUGGGCCAUGCUGUGGGAGUUCAGUGAGGCCGUGUGCCGGGGAUGCGUCAACUACGACGGGGCGGACAGAAUAGAGCUCCUGAUCGAAACUGCCAGGCAACUGAAGAGCACACACGGAGUCCUGGACGGCCGGUCCCCUGGUCCACAGCAGGGCAAACCCAGCUCGGUCGGCCCCCUUGAAGCAGGGCGGCAGCAUGGAGAGCGUAUGGAUAGGGGGAGGGGUGAGUAUGGGGUGUCUUCUCGCCUCCCCAAUGGCCUGCACAGAGCUGAAGAUGUGGCCCUGUCAGAGGGCAGCAGACAGAGCCCAAACACACGUCGAGCUAUCGUUGGGGCAGUUCCUAGUCUCCAUGGCACCAUAUCCCAUGCCUUGAUAGCUCAAGGGUUAGUAGCGGCCCCUCAUGGGCUUUUAGCUCCCUUGUCAGGCUCCAGGGCAGGGGCCACACAGAUUGCGGUCUCAGCGGGCUCCAUAAUGGGCGAUGCUGGUAGAAGACAGGUCGUGUCCCUGGGCGUCGGGGCUAGCACCUCUGCUCUGGUGGGCAUAGACCCCGCAAUGUGGAGGAACAAUGAAGUGAUGGCAGAACUGAACGAGGUGGCCCGCAGCCGGGUGGAAGGCUGGCCGAACCGUCCCAAAGCAGUCCGGGACGUGCUCCAGGCUCUGAGCAGCUGUGUCCCCUUCAACGUGCGCUUCAGGAAAGACCACAAUCUGAUGGGCCGCGUUCUGGCCUUCGACACCAGCACGUCGCCAGAGUUCGAGCUGAAGGUGUUCGUUGAGUACCCCGCCGGCUCUGGAAUGAUCUUCUCGGGAGUCCCGGACCUGGUCAGGCAGAUGUUCCGAGACUCGGCCAAAGAUGCGGGGAAAGCAGUGAACUCUGGGCUACGCUAUGUGGAGUAUGAGAAGCGGCAGGGCACGGGGGACUGGCGCGGGCUGUCCGAGCUGCUGAACGAUGGCGUGCGCAUGUUCAAAGAGCCCCCAAUUCAAGAGGUCCUGCCCCAGCCAGAUACAGGGUUGCCCAUGGCAACCGCCGGACGCCCCUUACCAGCGAAGAGCGCAACUCGGCGCCGCAAGGCCUCCCCAGGCUCAGAGAACGGAGAGAGCGAAGGGAGGCCCGAUCACCCGGCGAGAGAGCCAUGGCCCCGAGGUGCCUACUCGGGCAUGGAACCGCUUCCUGGCAUGGCCGCCCCACAAGAGGGCCCGCCUCGCUUACACAGCCAACCCUCGCCCAUCUCGGCGCUCAUGGGAGUCGCAGACAGCCUGAGCUCCAGCCAGAUGGCCAGAGAAAGCCCCGGCAUGUCCACAUCCCACUCCUCGUCAGCGGGACGCCCCACCAGUGGCAGCCCCUCCACCGCCUCCACCUCAGUCUCCCAGGCAGCCCUUGGGCAGGGCCUGGGCUCGGCUGGGCAGAGCAGCAACGCUGGGGCCGGGGAGUCCACAAGCAGCGCCCCGGGCACUCUGCUCUGCUGCACCCUCUGCAGAGAGCGCUUGGAGGACACCCACUUUGUCCAGUGUCCCUCCGUCCCACACCACAAGUUCUGCUUCCCCUGCACCCGGGGGUUCAUCCGCAGCCAAGGUCAAGGUGGGGAGGUGUACUGCCCCAGUGGAGAGCGCUGUCCUCUGGCCGGAUCCUCCGUGCCUUGGGCCUUCAUGCAGGGAGAGAUCUCGACCAUCCUGGCCGGAGACGGAGACGUGACGGUGAAGAAGGAGAGCGACCCUUGACGUCUCCAUCUUGUUGUGGUGAAUGUGGAUCAAACACUUUGAAAGCACUUCCCUAUUAUCUCAAGCAGAGGUCCACUUUGGCUGCAGAUCAUCAUGUGUGCCUCUGAGAACAG